GUGUGGGAGAUGCAAGACGUGUUUUCUCGAGAUCACUUCGCUGUUGCCCAAUAGCUGUGUGUCGUUAGUAAGCCAACUCCUCCCCUUUGUUGUAUACUUCGUCGGCGGACCUAGCCAAGACAGGUCCAAGAUAAAUAACAAGAGGAAUCUAUUUACAACCGUUCUUUCAUCAACAAAAAAUCUCCAACGAUGUACAUGUCACACAGUGUCACUGCUGCUGGUAAAGUGGGCUCUGGUAGCCUCGCACUCUACAACGUCUGGCGCGCCAGUUCCUAGUUGAUUUUAAUGUUGCGAGGCAACAUCAAGUAGAAAGCGUUUCGAUUGAGUUUGGAGUCAUGGAUGAGCGUUACGCGUUUACAGUCGAAUGGUACGACUUUAACGCAUCUCUAACUAGACGCUACCAGUUCCUCUACUUCGUUGCGGACAACACUAUAGAGAUGUAUGAUAUCAAGAAUAGACGAACAUUCUUGAAACGAUCGAAAUGCGACUCCGUUUGUUUGUCUGAUUUCUUCAUCGGUUCCGUCAUCAACGUUCAUUCACGUCAGUUGACAAUUGUUGAUUAUGCUGAUGAAUACACAAGAAGACAGCUGAGUGAAGUAUCAGAGAGGACACUUGCAAUCAUCAAACCAGAUGCAGUAAAGCACAUGGGAAGUAUCAUUGAUAUCAUUCACAAUGAAGGUUUCAAAGUAUGCCGUGCUCAAAUGGUCCAUCUUACCAGAAAAGAGGCAGCUGAAUUCUAUGAAGAACACACAGGAAAGGCAUUCUUUGAGAAUCUCCUUGACUUUAUGACAAGCAGACCAUCGGUGGCAAUAGAACUAAUGGCUUCAAAUGCCAUCAAGAAAUGGAGAACUCUACUUGGUCCAACCAACUCGGCUACAGCCAGGCUUGAGGCACCGUCAAGUUUGAGAGCAAAGUUUGGAACCGACGGUACAAGAAAUGCUUGUCAUGGUUCUGAUUCACCUUCAUCGGCAUCUAGAGAAAUUCAAUUCUUUUUUGGGAUGAGACGGCAGUCGACUGCUCAGUUUACCAACUGCACUUUGUGUAUUGUGAAGCCACAUGCUGUGGCUGCUGGUCUCACAGGGAAGAUCAUUGAAAAUAUAGAGAAAAAGGGAUUCACUAUAUCAGCUUUAGAAAUGUUUAACCUGGAAAAGGCAAACGCUGAAGAGUUUCUCGAAGUCUACCGGGGUGUUGUCGCAGAAUUCAAUCAAAUGGUCGUAGAACUGUGUUCAGGGCCUUGUGUCGCAAUGGAAAUCAGAGCAGAUGACGCACCUCGUGUAUUCAGAGACUUCACUGGCCCCGCUGACCCAGAGAUAGCGAGGCAUCUGAGGCCCAACACACUAAGAGCGACGUUUGGUAAAGACAAAAUCAAGAAUGUCGUUCAUUGCACUGACCUUCCAGAAGAUGGACUGUUGGAGGUUGAAUAUUUUUUCAAAAUCCUACAACAGUAGACCAAAAAUUUCAAGAAACAUAUCUCAUUCUACAAAUACAGCUACAAACAGUCAUUCACACUUAAUUAAUACAUUGGCGUUAGAUAUCAUGAUCAAUGUGCAUGUGGCAGAAAAUAAUAAGAAAACACAACUACAUAUGAGUCACGUCAGAACC